AUGGCUUUCGCAAAGAACUUCGUUGCUUUCUUGUUGAUGACAACUCUUUUUGGAGUCUCUCUUGGUGCCGUUUACGAAGUCGGUGAUUCUGCUGGGUGGAGUACUAUGGGAAAUGUCGAUUACAACAAGUGGGCUUCUUCCAAGAACUUCCAUGUUGGAGAUAAAAUUGUGUUCAAUUACAACAAUCAAUUUCACAAUGUGAAACAAGUAUCCCAUCAAGAUUUUCAGUCAUGCAACGCAACGUCUUCCAUCGCCGUCUACACUUCGGGUUCUGACUCUAUCACCCUCAAGAGUCUUGGUCACUACUAUUUCUUGUGCGGCGUUCCUGGUCAUUGUGAAGCCGGACAGAAGGUUGACAUCAUGGUGACUCCAGUUUCUUUUCGCCCAAGUGCCAGUCCUAAUUAUGCUUCAUCGCCUUCAAGAUCCUCUCCAUUGACGCCACCUAGUCAUGCUACUAACACUGCUCCAUCUCACCAAUGUUUCCAGCUUUCGUCGGCUUUCGUUAGCCUUGCAAUUUUUAUUGGUGCAUGUUUUUGUUACUAG